AGGAGCUGGGAACUCGGAGGGCACUUUGGAGUUGGGAUCUGACUGUAUACACACCGGAGGACACAACGAGUCGAGAUAAUAAUAAUCAUAAUAAUCAUAAUAAUAAUAAUAAUAAAAACGCACCUGGAUUUGACUCACGAGCUUCAUGGUUUAUUUCUAGCAGUGAAGAUAAAGCGCAUUUAGGAGACGCUCAUCAUGCGGAUCGGAGAGGUUUGGAGGGUUUGGAGGUUUGGUUGAAGCAGCUGAGUGUGCACAUUUCCCCGACUGGAGUGUGUGGAGACGUUAACGGCCCCACGAGCCGGAGCGCGCGCUCAACUUCUGCUUAAACGUCGGUGCGAAUUAACGGGAAGCAACUUUUGACAUGGCUAUUGUUCUGUUUCUGGCACUUAGUCGUCGGCUGUAGGCUCGAUUAUUCCUCCAGGCCUGCUUUUUCAACAAAGACGUGGCAGCAAGAUGGAUUAAGAAACUUUUUGGGAUUGUUUGCGGUAAUUGUUCCACGUCUUUUCUUCUCUUCUUUGGUGGUUUUUGUGUGACACGAUGGCAACCAGAAGGAGUCUUGCAGUCUUGGGUUAUUGGAAGAGAACAUCAAAGGUGGAGUGUAACGACUCUUAUUGAACAUAAAAGCGCACACGCGCGCGCGCUUUUUAUUUGAAAACAAAAUGCGCAUUUUGUUUAUUUCCCUAAAAUAACUAAUCAGUCACGUAAUCCUAGGUUUUAUGUUAUAUGGGCUGAACAGAGCAGAGAGAGAGAGGGACAGAAGGACAGAGGGACAGAACAGAACCGCUCUCUUUGAUGGAGUUUGACGCCGUCCACAGGGCCUCGGAUGGGAUUUUGACUCUGCGGCUGGAUGGCACACCGGCGGAUUGCUACCGUUUGACUUGGACCCUGUUCAGCUUCCAGAUCGCGACCGAGCAACCGGGACAAUCCGGUCUGGACGCGAAGCUCGGAAGGGCACCUGGAGGCAGAAGCGCACCUCUUUGAGGACUGUGAUUCUUUUUUUUUGUAUGCUUGAGUGUGUGCGCAUUAUCUCACCUUGCCUAUUAGAAGUGUCAAACCCGUGUUCCUGCCCUGCAAACGUGAUUGCAGGCGCGCAGGCAUGCACCUGAACCGGCCCAGGAGCGCGCUGAUCGGCUUCAGCCCUCCACCGCCACCGCUGCCGCCUCCAUCCGACCCGCACCAGACCUUCUCCAGCCAGUUCAAGACCAUGCGCUUUUCCUACCACCUCAGCCCGCAGCCUGGAUCCCGCAGAGCCGGCCCAUCCACAUCUAGUCCUCGGCUCCUGACUAAGAGUCUAUCUCUGGAGCCAGGCCCGUGUCCAGGAGCCCAUGAGGCCCCUCAGCGGCUCUGUUCAGACCCCGGGCCCCUGGGACUGCAGCAUUGCAAUGGCACAAGCGAGAACGAGCCUCAAAUCUCCCCACCUUUACCCCCUAAAACACGGCCGCCAUUACCCGGUCCUAAACCACAAGUGCCCCCGAAACCACCACAUCUCCAACAACAGAGCGGCCGCCGACCCCGGCCUCCGGACAAACCCCUGCCCCCGCCUCCAUCUCGCCCACUCCCAGCAGACCCUCGCCAAUCACGGACAGGCCUGCCGCGGGCCGAGGGAAGCUCCUCCCCAACGUGUGUCCUGUCACUCAUCGAGAGAUUUGAGAGGGAGCAAAUCAUCAUGGUGCCUGAUAUCACAGGAGGAGUGAUGUGCAUGCCGAGGGUACCUGAACCACAGCCCACUACGGACGCUAUUUUACCCUGCACUUCCCUCAACGAGCCCAUGGAGUCUCCUUGUGUCGAGAAAGAAACAGAGGAAGAGGAGGAAAUUAAAGAGGAGGAAGUUAAAGAGGAAGGGGAGGUACAGGAGGACAUCGAAGAUGAGCUGGGAGCCUCCUGCGUGGAAAAGCGACUCUCCACAGAGUCCGGCUACGGCGCCUCUGACAGACUCCUGGACGCAAUGGAGAUAAGAGACCUCGGCCAAUCAGAAAUUCCCCCUGACCGCUUGUCCCUUCCUCCGCAGCAAACGGACGCUAAACUGGCCAAUCGGGACAGCGGCAUUGACAGCAUCAGCUCUCCGUCUCACAGCGAGGAGCUGUGCUUCGCCGGCGAUGACCGAGAGGUGUGCAUGUCUCUUCCUCGCCUCUCCUCCUCUUCCUCAUGCGGAUGUGUGGAAGGAGCAUCAGGAGAAGGAGCCGUUGCUGCCGUGGAGGAAGGAACGAGGGAUUCGGAAGGAGACAGCGAUUUGGAAGAAGGUAGCGGCGAUGAGAGCGAGAACGCCAUGGCCAUACAGUCUCAGCCCAAAACGGAGAGACAGGACUCUGUAGAGCUAUCAGUGCAGCAGCGUGUGUUUAACAUAGCCAACGAGCUCCUCCACACGGAGAAGGCGUACGUGUCCAGGCUUCACCUCCUGGACCAGGUGUUCUGCGGGCGGCUGAUGGAGGAGGCGCGAGCACGAGGCUCUUUCCCCUGCGAGGUGGUGAUGGGCAUCUUUUCCAACAUCUGCUCUAUCUACUGCUUCCAUCAACAGUUCCUGCUACCAGCGCUGGAGAAACGUAUGGAGGAGUGGGAUGUGAACCCACGGAUUGGGGACAUCCUCCAGAAGCUGGCUCCUUUCCUGAAGAUGUAUGGUGAAUAUGUGAAGAACUUUGACACAGCCAUGGAGCUGGUGAACACCUGGAUGGAGCGUUCGUCACAGUUCAAAGCCAUCGUUCAUGACAUUCAGAAAGAGGAGAUGUGUGGAAACCUCACCUUACAGCACCACAUGUUAGAGCCUGUACAGCGGAUCCCUCGCUAUGAGCUCCUGCUGAAGGACUACCUGCACCGGCUGCCUGAGGACGCUGAGGAUUUUAAGGAUGCACAGAAAUCUUUGGAGCUGAUUGCUACAGCAGCCGAACAUUCCAAUGCAGCCAUUAGAAAAAUGGAGCGCAUGAGGAAGUUGCUGAAGGUGUAUGAGCUACUCGGGGGAGAAGAGGACAUUGUGAACCCGACUAAUGAACUCAUUAAGGAGGGACACAUCCUCAAACUGUCAGCCAAGAACGGAACCUCACAGGACAGAUACCUCAUACUGUUCAACGACAGGUUGCUAUACUGUGUCCCUAAACUCAGACUGAUCGGACAGAAAUUUGGAGUGCGGGCGCGGAUUGAUGUCGACGGCAUGGAGCUGAAAGAGACGAGCAGUAUGAACGUACCACGGACGUUUCUGGUGUCGGGAAAACAGCGCUCUCUCGAAUUACAAGCCAGAACUGAAGAAGAAAAGAAAGACUGGAUUCAGUCGAUCCAGGCCACUAUCCAAAGGCAUGAGCAGAGUGUUGAGACGUUCAGGAUGUUGAACUGUUCGGUGCGGGAAGAGGACUGCACGCCCCCCAACUCUCCGAACUGCACCGAGCUGGGGAAGCGUGCUCCCACUCCGAUCCGGGAAAAAGAAGUGACGUUGUGCAUGAAGUGCCAGGAGCCGUUCAACUCCAUCACCAAGAGACGCCACCACUGCAAAGCAUGCGGACAUGUGGUAUGUGGAAAAUGUUCAGAAUUUCGCGCCCGGUUGUUGUAUGAUAACAAUCGAGCGAAUCGUGUGUGUAUAGACUGCUAUACGACGCUGGUGGGAGUCCCGCCCUCUCCGGCCAGCUUGACCAAUAGUACUCAGAGAAGACGCUCCAUUCUAGAGAAACAGGCCUCUGUGGUGGCGGAGAACAGCGUCCUCUGCAGCUUCCUGCACUACAUGGACAAGGGCAGCGGUCGCAGCUGGCAGAAGGCCUGGUUUGUCAUCCCUGAAAAUGAACCUCUGGUGCUUUACAUUUAUGGAGCUCCACAGGAUGUGAAGGCCCAGCGCAGCAUCCCACUAAUUGGUUUCGAAGUCUCCCUCCCUGAGUCAUGUGACCGUCUGGAGCGGCGCUACGCCUUCAAAAUGAGCCAGAGUCACCUGACUGUUUACUUCAGCGCCGAGGCGGAGGAGCUCCAACGCCGCUGGAUGGAGGUCCUCUCCAGAGCCGGGAGAGGGGAGGAGCUACAAGUGCACGGCCCAAUCUCAGAGGCUCUGGAAGAAGAAGCUGAGGAACCGAGCUCUCUAGGAGAAAGCACAUGAUUGGUUUAUGAAACAUCUCUUUUUUUUUCUUUUUUGCACACAUUAACUGUACAAAUGUGACAAGAAGGACAGUUACCUGCCAUAAACUCACACACACACACACACACACACACACACACACACACACACACACACACACACACACACACACACACA